GAAAGAGCACUAAGCAGUUGACAUAUUACUAUUACACAGUAUUUAUUAAACUAUUAUCCUGGCCUUGAUAUUGAGAAAAGGAAUGCCUUUGGAUUUACUGCACUCAUGAAGUCUGCAAUGCAAGGCCGAAGUGAAUGCAUCAGAGCUUUAAUCUUGGCAGGGGCAAACAUUUAUGCCACAGACCCAGGCCGCGGAUUCACUCCUCAGGAAUGGGCGUGUUUCACAGGAAGAAUAGAAUCUGCCUAUCUUAUGCAAAGACUUAUGGACAAGCCGUGUGCUGAGCAAUUUUGUGACCACUAUGAGCUAGAAUGGCCAAAGUUGAAAGAACUUCUUGCCAAGGCUGCAGAGCCAAAGACCUGUUUGCAAAAGAUCUCGGAAGGCGUGAGGUCAGUAAUAGCUUCCAGAGGUUUCAAAGGCCCUGAAGAAGAUGGUGUCCUUGAUCAUAUGGUUCGGGUGACGACAAGUCUAAGGAGCUCUUUUGUUGCCAUAGCUUGUAGGACCGUGUGCCCUGGAAGUCCACCUGGCAUAGGAAAACGCAGGCCUGCUGUGCAAGAGAUCUUUAGGAAACAAAGAGCCAAAGAAAUCAAAUCUAUGGACAGCAACGACCAUUUUAACAGCUAUGAGAAGCUGUUUCAGAACUCCAGAGUUAUGUUAGUCUCCAAAAAGAAGGAAAGGCGAGCCAGCCUCCAGCCUUUCAGUCUAAAUGUACCUCAGGUUAGCAUUGUGGUUCCAAGGAAAUCAAGUCUGCUGCCACUGCACUUACUGAGAAGGAGCAGUGUGCGCCCAGGGUUUGUCAUCCCCAAAGUCCGAAUCAACAAGGCACCUCCACCUACUUUCCAGCCAGAGAAAGUCAGGCGAAAAAGCAGUGCCGGUGAUGGGGCUUACCUGCAGAUUCCUAAGUGGAGGUAUAAAGAGCUGAAGGAAGAAAGGAAGAAGGCAGAGGAAGAAGAAAAGAAAAAAGCAGAAGCAGAAGCAGCUCAGAAACAGAAGCAAGGGUCUCCAGUGAAAAGCAAGACUUGA